AUGCUUCCUUUCGACGACGAUGACAACGAGCGCGAUGAGGAAGCAGAGCUCCUGGGUGACAUUGAUGAUAUCGACGAGAUGGCUGAAGACGAGGACGGAAUCGAUCUGUUUGGAGACAACUUCGAGAAAGAUUAUCGAAGCACAGCAGACGACCAGUACAGAGGAGAAUACAUCGACGAUGAGGGUGACCAUGAAGAACUUGAUGUCGCUACUCGUCGUCAACUCGAAGCCCGCAUGAACAAGAGAGAUCGAGAACUCGAACGUCGCCGUCGCAUGCCUGCGGCUUUCCUGCAGGACGACGAAGAUGGUGACAUAGAUCUUACUCGUCAACCCCGUCGCCGGAGACACCACUACGACGAAGAUCGGGACGACGUCGAGAUGGGUGAUGAUGCGAUGGAGGAGCUCUCCCUGGAGGAGUUGACCGAUGUCAAGGCUUCUAAUCUUACGGACUGGGUUCUGCAGCCCCAAGUCCUUCGCUCCAUCUACAGAGAAUUCAAGUCCUUCUUGACAGAAUACACCGACCCUGCCGGUGCUUCGGUCUACGGAAACAAGAUCAAGACCCUUGGUGAGGUGAACUCGGCAUCCCUUGAAGUUUCUUACGCCCAUCUACUGGAAACCAAAGCGGCUCUUGCCUACUUCCUUGCCAACGAGCCCACUGAGGUGCUGAAGGUCUUCGACCAAGUCGCGCUUGAUGUCACUCUCUUCCACUACCCCCAAUAUCACGAUAUCCACAACGAAAUUCAUGUCCGCAUUACCGAUCUCCCUGUCUCCUAUACCCUCCGUCAACUGCGCCAGUCCCAUCUCAACUGCCUUAUCCGCGUCAGCGGUGUCGUUACUCGCCGUACCGGUGUCUUCCCGCAACUGAAAUAUGUCAUGUUCGUUUGUGGAAAGUGUAACAUCACUCUUGGUCCCUUCCAACAGGAAGCCAGUGCGGAAGUCAAGAUCUCGUACUGCCAGAACUGCCAGUCCAAGGGACCCUUCUCUGUGCACUCCGAGAAGACCGUUUACCGCAACUACCAGAAAAUGACCCUCCAAGAAUCUCCGGGCUCCGUCCCCGCUGGUCGUCUCCCCCGCCAGCGCGAGGUCGUCCUUCUCGCAGAUCUCAUCGAUUCGGCGAAGCCAGGUGAUGAAAUCGAGGUGACGGGUAUCUACCGGAACAGCUACGAUGCGCAGCUCAACAACAAGAACGGCUUCCCUGUGUUCGCCACGAUCAUUGAGGCCAACCACGUUGUCAAGUCCCACGACCAGCUGGCUGGUUUCCACUUGACCGAAGAAGAUGAGCGGGAGAUCCGUGCCCUAUCCAGGGACCCUGAGAUUGUCGACAAGAUCGUUCGCUCCGUUGCCCCUAGUAUCUACGGUCACCUGGACGUCAAGACCGCAAUCGCCCUCUCCCUCUUCGGUGGUGUCAGCAAGGAAGCCCAAGGCAAGAUGAACAUUCGUGGAGAUAUUAACGUCCUCCUGCUGGGUGACCCCGGUACCGCAAAGUCCCAGUUCCUCAAGUACACCGAAAAGACUGCCCACAGAGCCGUUUUCGCUACCGGUCAGGGUGCCAGUGCUGUCGGUUUGACAGCCAGCGUCCGUCGCGAUCCCCUCACCAGCGAAUGGACCCUCGAAGGAGGAGCGCUUGUCCUUGCAGACCGCGGUACCUGCUUGAUCGAUGAGUUCGACAAGAUGAACGACCAGGACCGUACCUCCAUUCACGAAGCCAUGGAACAACAGACCAUCUCCAUCUCCAAGGCUGGUAUCGUGACCACCCUGCAGGCUCGCUGUGCUGUCGUUGCUGCUGCCAACCCCAUCGGCGGCCGCUACAACAGCAGCGCACCCUUCUCCGAGAACGUCCAACUCACCGAACCCAUUCUUUCGCGUUUCGACAUUCUCUGCGUCGUCCGCGAUCUUGUCGACCCAAGCGAGGAUGAACGUCUCGCCAACUUCGUCAUCGAGUCCCACCACCGCGCCAACCCCGCCCGUCCUCUCCGCGACCAAGACGGCAACCUGAUCAACGCAGAUGGACACCCCAUCGACGAAGACGGCUACCGCAUUGACAAGAAGACCAAGAAACGCCUGCCUCUGACCGACGAGGAACUCGCUACCCGGGAUGCUGAGAAGCAACGACGCGAAGACGAGAAGGACGGCGAAAUCCCUCAAGAACUCCUCCGCAAAUACAUUCUCUACGCCCGUGAACGCUGCCACCCCAAGCUCUACCAGAUCGACCAAGACAAGAUCGCCCGUCUAUUCGCCGACAUGAGACGCGAAUCUCUGGCUACCGGCGCUUACCCCAUCACCGUCCGUCACCUCGAAGCCAUCAUGCGUAUCGCCGAAUCUUUCUGCAAGAUGCGUCUCUCGGAGUACUGCUCCGCACAGGACAUCGACCGUGCCAUCGCUGUCACUGUCGAUUCCUUCAUCGGUAGCCAGAAAAUCAGCUGCAAGAAAGCUCUGUCCAGGGCGUUUGCCAAAUACACACUCUCCCGCCCCAAGCCCCAAUCCAAGCGGAGAGCAGGCAUCCCCGCCCCUGAUCCAUUCAAGCCGCGCAUGCAGUCUUCUACUAGGGCGCGGUAA